AUGUAUUCGUUCAUUCGUAUCAUUAGAGCCCCCGCGCACUUGGCAGCCUGUCUGCGGCAGCCAGUCGAACAUAUGACGGCGUAUAGGACCCCGCGUACUAGGCAGCCAUGGCUGCUUUACUGUGGCUGCCAUCAGAACGCGCCUGAUUGCACGGCAGCCCGUUGGCUGCGCGCAGCCAGAGCGAGUGUAGGCGAAUGUAUGUGGCUGUCGUCAGUCUCCGCGCACUUGGCUGUAGCAGCCAGAUGUAUUACCAUAUGUAAGGAA